AUGUCAAUAUACUCCACUCCGUUGAAAAGUGGGAUUGACUAUAGUAGGACGGUCGUCGGCUCCGAGAAUGGCUCAGUUUUGGGUGAAAACGCAACGACAAAUGAUGUGAAGAGACCCUUGACAAACAACCAGGGCUCGAUGAUAAUGCCCAAUUACGGCUUAGUGGCUCCACCUACAGCGUCCAUGGGAUCUCCGACGGGUGAGGACCACUUGAAGGUGACUGGCUUUGGUUCUAAACCCGCUCUCGAACUCGCAAGUCAGUAUAUCGACCAUAUGCAAAAUCGGGAUUCGAGCACGCCGGUUUUGGACGAGCGUUCAUACUACAACAAUGGAGUCAAUUACAAUUUUAGCAAAGAAAUUGGUGGUCUGGGAGCAUUUACACCACUGGAACGCACGCAGGUGAUCAACAUCCCCGAUGUUGUGCUUCGAGAAGCUGCUAAGGCAGAAAUGAAAAGCGAUAUGGGGAUUUUUCUAGAGCUCAAUAGGUGCUGGAUCACUAUCGACAGCAAGCUUAUUUUGUGGGAUUUGGAUCAUCCCUCAGAUCUCCAGUCCAUUGAUGACAUUAAGCACACGAUUCUGUCAGUGGCUCUGGUGAAGCCUAAACCCAAUACCUUUGUGGACUCGGUAAGCCAUCUGUUACUCAUCGCCACUCCUUUCGAUAUUUAUUUGCUUGCCAUUCAGUAUAACGCUAGUGCAAAUGAGGUAGCCGUAUUCAACACCGGCAUGUGCGUCUCCGUGCAGGGCAUUGACGUCAGCAUUUUUGUUUCCUGUGACAAAACAGGUCAGAUCUUUUUUACCGGAAAGUCUAGUGGUACCAAUAUCUGGGAGCUUCAAUAUUCAGCAAAUGAAGAUUGGUUCAAUAGUAGAUGCAACAAGAUCUGCCUCACCCAAUCUAUCUUGAGCAGCCUACUACCGACAAAUUUAAUGUCGAAAAUUCCAGGGAGCGGCUUGGUUCAAUCUCUUUUCGAGGAGAAUUCCAAAUACGUUGCCGAGCACAUUGUACAAUUAUGCGUUGACGAAUCGAGGGGCAUUCUCUACUCUUUGUCGAACAAAUCCAUCAUUCGCGCGUAUAAGAUUCAUGGGAAGCAUCUAGAAGGGCCCCUGACGAUCGAAGGAUCAUACAUCAAAAGAAUAAUCGGCACCACUUCUGCAAGAGGUGCUGCAAUAUUGGGAAACAAGUUUUUGAAACUUUCCAAGCUAAUUGUCGUGUCAGGGAAAGAAAAUAGCAAUUUGUUUUUGGUUGCGAUCACAGUCGGUGGUGUUCGCAUAUAUUUCAAUGGUUCUACAACCCAAACACACUUAGAGGCUUUGAGAUUGGAGUCGGUGAAGUUCCCUCCCAGUUCAGUAACGCCCGAGGCGUUAGAACAAGAGCUACAACAACAACAGCAAAAGAAAAACGUGCCCUUCUAUUCCUCACUAGCAAGCUCAGAGUCCGUGAUGCUAAAAUUCCAGAAAAAGUCUUCGGUUUUACUAGAAACAACGAAAGCCAGCACUAUCAUCUCACCGGGAAUUUUUUUCGCGCCUGUUGACAAAGUCCCACAGCAAGAUAACAGCGUGGCUUCGCAGGACCAAAGUGUUGACCACCAGCAGGGCGUGAAACCCACAGUGCAUUGGGAGAACGGUCAAGCUACAGCGCAGACACAACAUACCGUGCGCAACAAUCAGACACAGCAUAAACUCUAUGUGUCGAUCCCGGAUUACGGCAUUUUGAAAAAGCAUGGAAAGUACAUUGAGAAUUCUGUUCUUUUGGAUACCACGGGCAUCGUGAGACAUAUAGCCCCAAUUUCGCCUUUAUUCAAUGCUACCGACAAGCCAGAAGGAUAUGCCAACGAGUUCGCCACUCAGUACACCUCAUCAGAGUUCAAGGUUGCAGUUUUGACCAGCUCAACCGUUGAGAUUUACCGGUACAGAAAUCCGGAUGCGGUUUUUGAGUCUUUGAUAGAAAAUCCGCUACCAUUUGUUCUGAAUUAUGGCCUGAGUGAAGCUUGCUCAACGGCACUUUUCGUUACAUGUAAGUGCAAUAAAUCAGAGACUUUGAGAUCGAAAGCUCUCACAUUCUUCACCGUCGGUUUACCAGGUGUGGCUGAUAUCAAACCCAAGUAUAGCACAUAUGCUUCUUCAGCGUUCAUGCCUAAAGCACCAAUGAUGUCCACACCACAGAGAGUGGUCUCUGAUACAAAAAAGGUCGGAUUCGGUUUCACCUCAGCUGAAGACAGUUACAGCUUGGACAAUGUGAUAUUGUCUCCACGAUUUUACGGUAUAGCUCUUUUCAUCUCCAGGCUUUUCCGUGACAUAUGGGACAAACCUAUCUUUGACAAGAACAAAUCCGCGAGAUUUGAUAUUCAUUCGAAGUUAGUGGAACAUUCCCUCAGUGGAGAAAACCUCAUAGAUUCAAUAUCUGUCUCAAAGUCCGACGUUGAAUACUACUUAUCAUCCGUCAUGAUUCUGAAUGAUUUUUUUGACACAUAUGGUAACACCUUAUCAAGCAUUAGCAUUCCGUCUUUCCAGACUACCAAAAGUGUUGAUAGAUAUGAAGAGGUUGCGUACCAGGCAGAAAAUAUUGCCAUCAACUCUCUCAUCAAAUUGAUUCAGUCAAUGAAAGAGGCGUUUUCGUUUCUCAACGUUCUAUUCGAAGAGAGUGAUAUCGAAGGGUUCGAGGGCCAAUACGUAGCUUUCAAGGACAUUAUGAAAUUCCUGAAUUUGAAUACCCAAUCCGACCUCUCAGCACUCAAGUACAAAGAAAUUUUUGCACCAAAUGAGAAGACGCAGAACCUUCUCCGGGAGAUUUUGUCAUCGAUUAUUAACAGAAACAUAUCGAGAGGAGGAUCCAUUGAAUAUAUUGCAACUGCUUUGCAAGAACGCUGCGGAUCUUUCUGUUCCAGUAGCGACAUACUUGGUUUCCGCGCUGUCGAGCACUUGAGGAAAGCCAAGGAGGUUGGUCUGAGGGACUACGAGACUUCGAAUUAUCAUUUGACGACGGCUAUCAAAUUAUUCGAAAAGAUUGUGGAUACCAUUUCUAUCGAAAGAUUAAAAGAAGCAGUGUCUACAAUGAUCGAGUUGAACUAUUAUCCCGGUACCAUAAAAUUUUUGCUUAACAUCGCCAAUUUAAUGGAUAAGGGAAAAUUGGCCUACCAGUAUGUUGAUAAUGGUUAUUUGGAACAGGACCCAAGAAAGUCAUUUUAUGAGAAGCGCAUUCUUGCCUACGAGCUCGUUUUUGAGACCCUGGUGAAGGUGGACGAAAAGGUGGCUGGUGCUAUUGCGACCGGUGUUACGGCAAUGAACAACAUCGAGGAGCUCACAAAGUUAAAGGAAGAGAGUUACAAAACGGCUUUGAAAUAUAAUGACAAAUUAUUCCACUACCAGCUUUAUGACUGGCUUGUUUCUCAAAACUGCCAGGAAAAACUUUUGCAAUUGGACACGGAUUUCAUUUUGAUGUAUCUCCAGGAACAUUCACAAGGAUCUUUGGAAAUAUCGAACUUACUUUGGGUUUACCAAUCCAAGAGAUCUCACUUUUUCCCAGCUGCACAGAUACUAUAUUCGCUGGCUAUUUCUGAUUUCGAAAUUUCCCUUGGUCAACGCAUAGAGUAUCUCUCGAGGGCAAAUGGUUUCUGCAACAGCAUGUGUGCCCCUGGCGAGCGCCAACAAAUGAUUCAGCUAGGCGGUAUGAUUCAGGAGAUUUUCGAUGUGGCCAGUGUACAGGACGACAUUUUGGCCUUGGUCAGGAAUGAUAUCAGGAUUACUAAAUCCACCAAGGAGGAUCUCAUACAGCAGCUAGACGGAAAAGUGCUACCUGUAAGUGAUUUGUUCAAUGACUACGCAGAUCCUCUUGAGUACUAUGAGAUUUGUUUGGCGAUCUUUAGAAUUUCAGAGUUUAGAAACAACGAAGAGAUUCUUUCGAAGUGGAUAGAGCUAUUCAAUUCAUUGAAAAGUGAGUUGACGCAAGAGAGUUCUGUAGAAGACUCUACAAAUUUCAUCAACCUCUUGAGAACGGUCGUGGUGCGCGUUGGUAGAAACGUGAGAACAUCUGAAUUUGUGUUCCCUGUGGCUGAUUUGUUCCCGAUGAUAUGCGAUCUGUUCCACGAAAACCUGCCAUCGUCCCAUAUCAAGGACGGGUCCAUUACGUCUAUUCUAAUUUCAGCUGGUGUUUCAUUUGACAAAAUGUACUAUAUGCUCAAGAAUUUGAUAGAGACUGCAGACUCGGUAAACAAUAUCUACAAGAAAGAAAUGGUGUGGCUGAUCAAGGAAUGGUACGAGUCUGACACUAAAUUGAGAGACUUGAUCUCUUUUGAUGAUGUCCGCAACCUAGACAACUACAGCAUAGAGACCGAUCCGAUCCAAAUACAAAUGACAAAAACGGGUACUAGCAUUUAA